AUGCCGUGCGAAUCGCCCGCCAUCGCUGCACAUCAUUGGGAGCCACCGAUGAUCCCAAACGUGGGCCCCGGCGCCUGGCGCUGUCCUCACCCUGUCCCAGCUAGCAUCGAAGCGCACGGCCAGGCCUUGCCUGACAUGGCACAGACGAACGCCAAUUCUUCGACUUCUAGGUUCAUCGUCCUUCUCUCUUGGUAUCACAAUGUCACCUUCCAAGUUGCCGGAGACGCUUCACAUCGUACGGAUACCUCCUCUUCUUCAUGGUUCCAAUCCCCCAACCUCGGGUCCCGCAACACAAGCGAGCAGCAAGCAGCAGCAGGAUGGGUCAUGGGUGGCAUGGUGAAUUCAAUCUCGACGUUUGGCUUGGUUUGGGGGGUCCUCUUCUGCUCAACUCCGAGUCCGAACCCACCGCAUGCGUCCUGCUGCCCCCGCAGAGACGCUCGUUGA